AUGUUAGUCCCUGGCUCCUCUGAGGCUAAUGAGACUACAAUUGUGGUAAUCGGUGCUGGCAUCAUCGGUCUUACCAGCGCCCUCAAAAUCCAACAGCUAACCGCCAACUCACCAUCAACAUCAGUUCUUCUUGUCGCCAAAGAAUGGCCAACUUCAGUACCCGGUGCUCCAACAACUCACUCUGCAGACUAUGCUUCAAUGUGGGCUGGCGCUCAUAUCCGACCCAUCCCCGCAUCAACAUCACAGUUGCGUCGCGAAGCCAAGUGGGUGAAACACACUAUCGCUGAGCUUGACAAACAUAUGCAGGUUGAACCUUGGGUUGGGAUAAGACGCCUUCCGGGUAUUGAGUACCUUGAGGAUCCGUCACCUGAGUACUUGAAGCAAGAUGCCCAGAGUUUCGCCAACGAGACUGGACUGCCCGGAUAUCGGAAAUAUGAAGCGUAUGAACUACCUGAAGGUGUAAAGUUGGGAUUCGAGUAUGAGACGUAUUGUAUUCAUGCGCCGUUGUACACUGCUAGCUUGCUGCGCAAGUUUAUUGUUCAGGGCGGAAAGACACUACAGAGGGAUAUGAAGAGUGAAUGGGAGGCUUUUAUCCUGGCACCGAAUGUCAGAUUAGUAGUGAAUGCAAGUGGAAUGGGCUUUGGGGAUAAAAAGUGCUUCCCCAUCAGAGGCCAGACAGUGCUAACCAACCUCACCGCCGCCGACAAAACAAUCACAACUCAAAAGAAAGACGGUACAUGGAGUUUCAUAAUUCCUCGUUCUUUCCAUGGAGGAACAGUUAUUGGCGGUACCAAAGAAGUGGGAAACUGGCAGCUCGAAGCAUCACAGGAAACACGCAGUCAGUUGUUAAAAGCUUCUCAGUCAAUCAUACCACAAGCAUGCGAUAAAAACCAAAGACCUGAGACGAUAAAGGUGAUCAAGGAUGUUGUUGGUCGAAGACCAGCUCGUGAGGGCGGCAUGAGAGUCGAGACUGAAGCUAAAGAUACUACAUGGGGUGUCAAGCAUGUGGUUCAUGCCUAUGGCGCUGGGGGACGAGGCUUUGAAUUAUCUUGGGGCGUCGCAAGUGAGGUGGCUGAACUUGCGAGCAAGAUACUGGAGUCGCAGUCUAGCCCUCGAUCCAAGCUGUAG